AAUCAGUGAGGCAAACUGCUCCUGGAGCAAGGGGCUGAGCAGCUGAGAGACCCCACCUCCUUCUCCUACCUGCCUUUUGUGGCACUGUGGCAGGUGUGCUUUCUCUGGCUCUGCAGCAGCAGCUCCUAACCUCUCACCCAACUAAACGCAGCUAGUAGCAGCAGCUGUACCUGUGGUGAGAGGUUGUAUGGUACAGCUGAAAAAUGGUGGCUAUGAGGAUAUUGUUAUUGCAAUUAACCCUCAGUUACCAGAAGAUCACAAUAUCAUUAGAAACAUACAGAACAUGGUCAAAGAGGCUUCUAAUUACUUGUUCAAUGCUACAAAACAGAGAUUUUUUUUCAAGGCUGUAAAAAUUAUAAUUCCUCUGCAUUGGCUGCCAAAACCUGAGUAUUUAAGUGUAAAAACAGAGUCAUAUGAUAAGGCGGAUGUUAUCGUGGCUAAUCCUUACUUGAAGUAUGUAGAUGAACCCUACACGCUGCAAUAUAGAGAAUGUGGGGAAAAGGGACGAUACAUUCAUUUCACUCCCAACUUCCUGUUAAAUGACAGUUUGUAUAUCAUCUAUGGAUCACGAGCUAAAGUUUUUGUCCAUGAAUGGGCCCAUCUUCGUUGGGGAGUAUUUGAUGAAUACAAUAAUGAUGCACCUUUCUAUUUGUCUGUAAACUCUGGAAAAGAAACUGUUGAAGCAACUAGAUGUUCGGCUGAUGUCAUGGGUAAAUAUAUAUUCCAAAGCUGCACAGGAAACAGCUGCAUGACAAGAGAAUGUGAAUAUGAUCAACAGACAAAGCUGUAUGAAGCUGGAUGUAAAUUUGUACCAGAAAAAACAGAAAAUGCCCCAGCAUCUAUAAUGUACAUGCAAAGUCUCCCUUCUGUGGUUGAGUUCUGUGAUCAAAGUACUCAUAAUGGAAAGGCUACAAAUAUGCAGAACAAAAUGUGCGACCACAAAAGCACCUGGGAAGUAAUUAUGAACUCUACUGACUUCAGUAACACCUCUCCAAUAAAUAGCACAAGUCCUCCAUUUGAGACCUCCUUCUCAUUGCUGCAGACCAAAGACAGAGUAGUCUGUCUAGUACUUGAUGUUUCUGGGAGCAUGGCUUGGUAUGACCGCAUUAAUCGUCUCUACCAAGCUGCAGAGAUAUUCCUGCUACAGAUUAUCGAAAAGGGUUCCUGGGUUGGAAUUGUCACAUUCCAUUCUACAGCACAAAUUAUAUGUCAUCUACGACAAAUAGUCAGUGAGGAUGUACGCCAGAAUCUUAUCAAAUGCCUGCCUACAUCAGCUGACGGAGCAACUAACAUCUGUGAAGGAGUGCGCAAAGGAUUUGAGGUGAUUAAACAAAAUUACUCUCAUCUCGAUGGUUCUGAAAUUGUACUGCUGACAGAUGGAGAGGAUAGGGGUAUGAGCAGUUGCCUUACGGAGGUGAAAAACAGUGGAUCGAUCAUUCACAUCAUUGCCUUGGGGCCAAAUGCUGAUCCAGAACUAGAACAAUUUUCAAAUAUGACAGGAGGCAGCAAGUUUUAUGCCACAGAUACAGUUGAUUCCAAUGCCCUAAUUGAUGCAUUCUGUGGAAUUUCAUCCAGAAGUGGAAAUAUUUUUGGACAGUCUAUUCAGCUUGAAAGUACAGCUCGGAGUGUCACAUUGAAGCAGUGGAUGAAUGGUACAGUGAUUGUAGAUUUCACUGUGGGAAAAGACACCUUCUUUGUAGUUACAUGGAAUCAAAGCACAUCUCCACCAGACAUUUUACUGCGGGACCCCAAAGAAAAAGAAUAUAGAAUGUCAAACUUCACAUUUAGUAAUCUAAACCUCCGAACAGCUCGACUGAAGAUAGCCGGCACUGCAGAGGUGGGGAAUUGGUUAUAUAUGAUUCAAAAUAACCAGACAGAAUCUCAGGUCAUAUCAAUGAUAGUAACCUCUCGAGCAGCAUCUAUGGAUGUGCGUCCAGUGACUGUAAAAGCCCACAUGAAUAAGGAUACAAACAACUUCCCUAAUCCAAUGGUGAUUUAUGCAGAAGUUAGUCAAGGAUUUUUGCCUGUUCUUGGUGCUACCGUGAUGGCCACUGUUGAACAAGAGACUGGAUCUGCAGUGGAGCUCAAACUCCUUGAUGAUGGUUCUGGGGCUGAUAUUAUGAAGAAUGAUGGAAUCUAUUCAAAGUACUUUACAUCUUUCAAGGGAAACGGUAGAUACAACUUAAAAGUGCGUAUCCAGGGGAGAAAUCAGACUGUCAGACUUGGCCGCAGGCAGAGCCGAGCCUUGUAUGUUCCCGGCUACAUAGAAAAUGGUGAAAUCAAAAUGAAUGCACCGAGACCUGAACCUAGUGAUGAGGAAAUUCAAGCAAAACUGGGAAGUUUCAACAGAGUUGCAUCAGGAGGUUCUUUUGUAGUGAAGAAUGUUCCAUUAGGAGGAUUUACUGAUGUGUUCCCACCCUGUAAAAUUACUGACCUUGAGGCUCAGUUUGAAGAAGAUAAAAUUCACUUGUUUUGGACAGCUCCCGGGAAUGACUUGGAUGAGGGACAAGCUGACAGAUACAUAAUAAAAAUGAGUGAAAGUUUUCUGGACCUAAGAAACACCUUUGAGGAUGCUACUUCAGUGAAUACCUCUAGUCUGGUACCUAAACCUGCUGGCACCAAAGAAUCAUUUCAGUUUAAACCAGAAAAUGUCACAAUAGAAAAUGGCACCAUAAUCUACUUUGCAAUAUGUGCCGUUGAUAAUGCCUCCCUGACCUCAGAGGUGUCUAAUGUAGUACAGGCAGCUCUGUUUGUUCCUCCAAAGGAAUCCUUGCCUGAUACGCAUCCUACUGAUGUUAUCAAUCAUGGUGUCAAUGUUUCAAUAAUAGUAAUUGGGGCUGUAAUACCUGUAUUAAUAGCUGUAAGUAUAACUAUCUGUAUUUUAUAUAAGAAAAAUAGAAACGGAGGCUUUGAGCUCAGAAUGUAAUAAAACUAAUUGUAAGAUGAAAGCUCAGUACAUAUUUAUCCUAAUUUGUUCUAUUUGUGAUUUUCAAAAUACCUAAGGAAAGAAAUUUGUAAUAGAUUUGAAAGUUAAGUGCAUUGACUUUAAAGUAGAGCUGGAUUUAUAUGUAUUUUGAUCUGCUUUCAAUGAAUGUAUAGUAUGUUACAGUACAUGUAUGUAGACUGAAUCGUGAAUUUAAAAGUAUAUACUGAGUAAACUAAGACACAUCAGUAUAAUGUGUAGCAUAUAAAUGACAAUCUAAUUGUAUAGUUAUAAUUCUAAUCUUGCUAGAGUUCUCCAACAUUAGGUAUUGUGUGCUUUAUUUUUUUUUUAAAUCUUUCUAGUUUGUUUUCCAGUUGCUUAGCAGUCAGGGACGGGAGAUAGAAGAAGAAAUUAGAUCUGUAAUCUUUGGUUUUCAUACAUUCCUUUUAGUUAUAAUCAAUGAGUAGAAAACAUAAAUGUAUACAGCUGUUGGGUCUGAGCCUGCAACUGCUUAGGUACAUGUAUAACUCACUCUCAUCCUAUGACUAGUGCAGGUGUUUAAAUAUUCACAGGAUCAGGGCCAUAUGUUAUCCACAAAUUAGCAUACGGAAAACACUUUUUACCAGACAUAAUCAUCAAACACAUAUGCAACACUCCAACUCUAAAUGACAGAACAAAAGCAAAAUAGUAGAAGAGAAAACACUCAAUUCCGAGGUAGCAGAAAUGCCACCUACCACAGCAUGUGACAGAAACGACGGCAUGUAGCAUCUAGGAGGAAAAGCUAUUCAGCAAGUGACUUUUCAUUGGUUUUUCCCAUCUCCUGCAAGCCCAACUUGCAACAUCAUGAUCUGUGAUGUGACACUCCAGAAAUGGGAAAGGAUCACCCAUUCUUUGGAUAAUGAAAACAUCCAUCGUUACAUUAGAUGGGAUCAAAUUAUUUUAUAAGGUAUAUAAACACUCAUGCUUCAGGUCUUCAGCUAAUCACUAGCAGGGGCUAGGGAGGAACUUUUCCAUAUGCAAAUUAUUCCAUAACUGUCCGUUAUGGGGUUUCUUGCUGCUUCCACUGACCUAUACUUAGAAAUAUUGGCCAGCAUGGAUACGCCUACACUCAGAUUUUUUACAACUGUAAUUAACUGACAGUUAGCUCAAGGUAGUUACCACAUUUGGACUAUGCCUGGACCAAACAUUGGGGAAUGUCCAUGUUAGCUUUUACAAACAUAUUAAGUGAAAAUCACUAGUGAAGACAAGCCCUUUCGGAGAUGGAUAUCUGGGUUCAUGUGGACCCUGGAUCUGAUUGGGUAAUGCAAUUCCUAUGUUUCUGAGAUGGUUUUUUUAUGACGUGAAGUGAAAGUAAGAAAUUGAAUUGAACUCUUAGUUGCUCUUCCAAAUGUAAAGGCAAUAUAAGUCCCCAUUUUUGUUUUGGCUGGUGCAUGUUGGUGGUUUUCUUCACUUCUCUUGGGGAUAGGUGAAUGGGACAGAAGAGAGUGAUUAGUAGAAUAUCUGUGUAAUAAACAGAAGGUUUGGGUGCUUUAUGCACAUGUGUUAUGCAUAACAACAAUAAAACAAAACAGACCA